AUGGCAGGCCGCGGCGGCGGCGCCGCCAGGUCGCGUACGCCAGCUGCAACUGCAAGAGGGCGGCGGCAGACAAGAGCGUCACUGCCGUUGGACAUGCUGGUGGACAUCGCGGCGCGCACCGACCCGGCCACUCUCGUGCGCUGCGCCGCGACGUGCGUGGACAUGCGCCGCCGCGUCAAGGACUACACUCGCCUCGGCGGCCGCCUCCACCUCCGGCGCGGCGACCGCUUCGUGCUCCCCCUUCUGCGAGGCCACCUGAUACACACCUACAAGUAUGGCCGCGCCCAACGCCAGGACCACUUGUCCCUGCUCGACACCACCGCUGCGGACGCCACCACGCUGCGCAGGGUCACCGGCGUCGAGGGCUUCCCCCUCGCAUCCUCCAACGGCCUCGUUCUCACCCGCGUCACCCGAUCGCUCCGCGUGUGCGACCCGGCCGCCGGCCGCCGCCGAAUCCUGCCAUCCAAUAAGCUGACUUUCCCUGUGGAUGUGGUGGGUACAGAACAAGACGAUGCUAUGACAAGCUAUGCAUUGCUCGUGGGUGACGACGAUGAUGAUGGUGCGACCGCCGUCGGCAGGCAAUUCCAUGUGGUCAUGGCAUACCUAGAGCUGUCGAAACACUGCCGCAACGUGCACUUCCAGACCUUCUCAUCGGAGCAUGGCGCGUGGGGCUGCUGCAACAAAAUUCGGGUUCCUAAUCUGCAAGGCAGCAAGUUGCAGCUACCACUCGGCACGGCCCUGGUCGUCGGCGACACUGCACACUGGUUGUGCCUAACCAACACAGGGGACUAUGUUCUCAAGAUCCAUGUUAGAAUGGAACAAGUCACGGUGAUGAAGCUCCCGGAGAGCUUCCCCCGCAGCUGGUGGUACCACCAACUCCUGGCGACAUCGUCGGCAGGCGGGUGCCCGAUCGUGCUCACUGCAGAUGACGACAAGAUAUCAGCUUGGGCGCAAUCCAAGCAAACGGGCCAGUGGAAGCGACAACCACAGGUGGUGAUCGAGACAGAGACAAUCUUGCAGUUCCUACAAGAGGCUGGCGGAAGCCGACCACCGCCAAGCCGAUGGCCAGUCAAGUAUGAACUAAAACUAUUGUGCUUCGCCGAGAGGAGUGGCACCGUGCUCAUCAAGGUGCUCAACAACAUGUCACCUCUCGGGUAUUUCUGGCUCAACCUGCAGUCCAUGAAAAUCAUGAGGUGGUUCUCCGACCGUGGGCUCGAGUACGCGACCGGGAAUAUUCCCUAUGAGAUGAAUUUGGCGGCUUGGAUUCCAACAUUCAGUAGCACUUUGUGA